AUGAUGAUCAGGUUUAACUUGCACUUGAUGGCUUACCUGAAGAGUAAACAAAGAUGCAUAACCAAUGCAGUUCUCAACCAUCAUCAGCCACGUCUGACCAACGUGCACCACGACCGUAUCUUGGAUGUUGUUAACUUUGUGGUGUUCACGGCCACAUCAGGUGUUCACGGCCACAUCGCACGUAGAUGCUCUCUGUUCAUGCAGAACACCAGUUUGCUAUCCACACCUAAAGCCUGGGAGCCACGCACCAACUUUGUUAAAGCGUCUCCAUGGAUGCUUGAGUCAGGUGCCAUGCACCACAUCGCUUCUGACCUGGCCAACCUGUCCCUUCAUCAACCAUAUACUGGUGGUGAAGAAGUUGUUGUCGGAAUUUCUGACAUGCUCAGAAUUUCUUAA